GAAGAUGUAGUGAACAGAAUGAAAGAAUCUCCUCAAAGUAAAAGGGACAACCAGAGAUCAUGCCAUUCAUCCAACGGCACAGCUCCAUCUUCACCAGCUGCAGAAGGGAAACCCAAAUCUCCUACAGGAAUCCAGCCACCAAUGGCAAGUGACUCUGGUCAGAAGUCUUCUGCUGCAGAGGAGGAACUGUACAGGAGGUAUGAGCGAGAACAGGCACUGGUCCAGGAGGAGUUGCUCCGGCUGGCCAAAAGAGAACGGGAAGCAGCCAGCGAGGCCUUGAAUACUGCCCUUCAGCGGGAAAGGAACAACACUAACGAAGAGAGGCAGAGAGUGGCCCAGCUGGCUGUAGAGCUGCAAGGCAGGGAGGCAGAGUUGAAGCGGCAAGAGGCCUUCUAUAAAGAGCAGUUGGCCCGCAUUGAGAGGAAGAACGCAGAGAUCUACAAGCUGACGUCCGAGCAGUACCAGGAGGCAGCCACCAAGGCAGAGGAGUGGAUAAAGAGGAGGAACACUGAUCCUGUCUGUGCACGCCUGCAGUCUGAAAUUCUGAAAUGUUACCAAGAAAACAAACGUGAAGUGCUCAAAUGCUCGGCGCUGGCUAAGGAAUAUCAGCGCUGCGUUAGUGCAGCUCAGAAGGAGCUGUUAGUUAAUUCUGGAUAAACAUCAGCCAUCAAAGAGCAGAGGACAGGGACCACAGACACCCUUGGAAGCCCCAACAUCCUUCUGGAUAGACACUGACCAAAACUGGUGCCUUCUACCCUUUGCGGUCCAAGAAAAUGAUGUGAUUCCUCUUCUAAUUGCCUGCAUGUUUCAGUCUCAGUGGAUGUUCCUGGAGUUGGGAGGAGGGUCCUGGGAGAGGGGGACGCUAUCAUUUCCUUUUUUGUUGUAUUACAAUGUAAAGAAUCAUAUUGACCACAGGUGCUUCCAGCACAGCUUGUAGCUUGGAGGCUUGCCCAGCACGAGCCUAGUUCACCCUGUGCUAGCUUUGGUUUCACCAAUCCACAUCUGAUUUUCAAGAGCUGUUAUCUUUGCCUGUUUGCUCUGGAAAAAGGGGUCCGAAGUAUUUGGAAGUAACCCGGACUAGCUUGUUAGGAUUAACUGUUCCUAGCAUGCUCCCAUUGGUUACACCAGCAGGCGUGUUUCUUCCUUUCCAAGGUUCCCUCCUAAACAAUAAAGUGUUUAAUGGUC